AUGGAGAUGACGAGUAUGGAACCUUCAGACGAUCGUUCAAUCCCUGUACCAAGCACCACUUCCCAAGCAAUUCAUCAGGAUAUGGUAAAUGGAACCCCAGUAGUCACGGGAUAUCUAGGGAUGAUUCCAAUGUUCUCUAGUUCACCGACGGAUAGUGUUACAAUCGAGCAAUUCUUCGACAUACUGGAAGAAGUGUCGUCCAUCGCCGGAUGGGACAAUGGAACACGUUUGGUAGUGGCACAAUCGAGACUGAAGAAUGAACCAUUCAAGUUACUUAUGGACUUGCGGGCUGUUUAUGGUAAGGACUAUGUUCGAAUAAAGACGGCUCUUGUAUGUAGUCUCCAUCGGCCUACAACGAGUGAAGGAAAUACAUUGAAGGACUUUAUUAGUAUACGACAAAGGCGCAGCGAAACUGUCGGUGAGUACAAGGUUUGUUUAUGUAUCGCGUUCGAGAAAAUGAUUUGUUCGAAUCCUCAUAUGGCUACGCUAAGGGACGAGAUGCUCCGUAGCCAGUUCGUCCAAGGACUCACCCUGGAAUUGAGGAUGAAGUUGUUAGAACGCGAUCCUCAGUCGUUUGAUAGUGCGGUCGAGGUAGCGGAAAGAUUGUAUAAUAUCGAACAAUCGUGCGGUUUUCGUGAAGUUCAGGUGGGUGGCGUAGUCGUGCCUCCGUUUAACGGGACGGAAGAUCCCAGUAAGGAAUCAACUAACAUGGCCGAGCUAUCAGCAAAACUUGCUAGUUUAGAGGAAACCGUUACUAAGCUUUCACAGGCAGUCAUGGGAUUGUCUGUUAAUCCAAACAAGCACGACACUAAUGAACAAACCAAAAGGGCUGGUCCUGAACGGAAAUGUUUCAUUUGCAAAAGCAAGGACCACCUGUGCUCUAAUUGUCCGUUAAAUUUAAACUCGGAAUUGAUCAUCGACCUGGCUGAGGAACCCAAAAUCAACGACCACAAGCUCCCAAUUAUUUCUGGUGAAAUUAAUGGGCGCACUGUGAGCUUGUUAAUUGACACCGGGGCCGAAAGGUCCCUCAUUAACCAAGGAAAUUUGGAGUCUCUGGGGAGUGCAGACCACCAAUGUAAUGUGGUCAACGUAAGGGUCAAAGGGGUAUCUGGGGGCAUCAUGAGAUGCGACAGGAGUUUUUUGUUUAAAGUGAAGUUCGGUGGUAAGGUCGUUCCUACGCAAUUCAUCGGUGUCGACUCUGGGAUUUUGGUCGGGAAUCACGGCAUCCUUGGCAUGGACUUCUUGUGUGCCUGCCCGGAAAUCUUGACAAAAAUAGCGCACAUCAUGAAAAGGGGUGCUGUUGUGGCAAAAGGAAGUUCGGCAGUUACGUUUGUGUCAUUGUGCAAAACCCCCAAUUCACCGGACCCAAUUGGACAAGUCGACUUAUCACACUUACCCAGCGAGCAAGCUAUAAAGAUACAUGAUAUCAAUUCCGUAUCCCCUCCUGAGGAUAACAACAACAGGAGUGUAAAUGAUCGAGUGAUUGCAUCUCAGCAAUUAGAUAGUCGGAUAAUUGAGAUCCGCGACACUCUGUUAAAAGGGGAAGUUGGCAACACCCCCACUAACCUCCAGGACUUUGAGGUGAGUAAUAAUCUCUUGAUCAAAAAUGGGCUAAACUAUAGAGGUGAGCCUGUUAAGUGCCUUUGUGUCGGUGACACUAUGCAGAUACCUCUAAUUGAACAUUACCAUGAGAUGGGCGGGCAUAGUGGUGCAGAAAAGACCCUGAAGAAAAUGAGGGGCAAGUAUUUCUUCCCUAAUAUGAAGAGGAAGAUCAAACAUUUCAUAAACAGGUGCGAAAUUUGUCAAAAAUUCAAUCGCACCACUCAUAAGGUGCCGAUCCAAGAGGUAACUCACCCGAACGAACCGAUGCAAGUGAUCGCAGUGGACGUGAUAGGUCCCGUGCCCGAAUCACGAAGGGGAAACCGGUACAUUAUCGUUUUCAUUGAUAUGUUCACAAGAUUCAUCGAGGCCAUCCCCGUCCCGGAGGUGUCGUCGAAAACUAUAGCGGACUCCCUCUUCGAGAAUAUUGUGUGCCGUUACGGCGGCGGGCAAACUCUCAUUUCCGACCGGGGGACGAACUUGACCUCGAAAAUUAUGAAUGAUGCAUGCAACAUACUGAACAUCGACCGGAAAUUAACUACCGCAUAUCGACCUACUUCCAAUGGGACUUGUGAGAGGGCAAAUAAGACUAUAAUUGAAAUGAUCUCCAGGAUUUCGAAUGGCGACAAUGCUGAUUGGGAUAAAUAUAUUCCAUCAGCGUUGUUAGCUUACCGUACCACUAUUCACAGUUCGACUGGUGAGACGCCAUCUUUCCUGCUGUACGGGUUUGAUCCCGUCAUCCCUGGUGAGCCCCGUACCACGGACAUGGAUCAAGAUGCUAAAAGUGCUCUGGACUACCGUGAAAAACUAAUACGUAAGCUCCAUGUGUGUCGUGAGGCAGCGGAGGUAUUCAACAAAGAGCAACUAGCAAAGAAAAGAGCGUACUGGAAUAAAAACCGAAGGCUGAGGAAAUUCAGAGUUGGGGAUUUGGUAUUAAUUAAGAAACCAUCAAAAGUUACACAUAAAAAAUUCUCGGCAUGGCAUACCGGUCCUUUCCGGGUAGAGGAAGUCCUCAAUGAUGUAGUGGUCAGGAUGGAGAGGAGAGGAUCAGAACCUCUUCCACGACCUCAUUCAGUCGCUCAGGCAUACUUGCCACAAGAUUGUCGCAUAGUAUGCCCUCAUGAAGCUUCUCCCAACGAACUCUGA